AUGGAGCCGGGCUCGCCGGCUCGAGCGACGGCUAUGGCGCCGCUCUUGGAAUACGAGCGGCAGCUGGUGCUGGAACUGUUGGACGCCGACGGACUGGUAGUGUGCGCCCGCGGGCUCGGCGCGGACCGGCUCCUCUAUCACUUCCUCCGGCUGCACUGCCACCCGGCGUGCCUCGUGCUGGUGCUCAACACGCAGCCGGCCGAGGAGGAGUAUUUUAUCAAUCAGCUGAAGAUAGAAGGAGUUGAACAUCUCCCUCGGCGAGUAACAAAUGAAAUCACAAGUAGCAAUCGCUAUGAAGUAUACACACAAGGCGGUGUGAUAUUUGCAACAAGCCGAAUACUUGUGGUUGAUUUCCUGACUGAUAGAAUACCUUCAGAUUUAAUUACCGGCAUCUUGGUAUAUAGAGCUCACAGAAUAAUCGAGUCUUGUCAAGAAGCAUUCAUCUUGCGCCUCUUUCGACAGAAAAACAAACGUGGUUUUAUUAAAGCCUUCACAGACAACGCUGUUGCCUUUGACACCGGCUUUUGUCACGUGGAAAGAGUGAUGAGAAAUCUUUUCGUAAGGAAGCUGUAUCUGUGGCCAAGGUUCCAUGUAGCAGUAAACUCGUUUUUAGAACUGCAUAAACCCGAAGUCGUAGAAAUUCAUGUUUCUAUGACACCUGCCAUGCUUGCUAUACAGACUGCUAUUCUGGACAUUUUAAAUGCCUGUUUAAAGGAAUUAAAAUGCCAUAACCCGUCACUUGAAGUUGAAGAUUUAUCUUUAGAAAAUGCUAUUGGAAAACCUUUUGACAAGACAAUUCGCCAUUACUUAGAUCCUUUGUGGCACCAGCUUGGAGCCAAGACUAAAUCCUUGGUUCAGGAUUUGAAGAUAUUACGAACCCUGCUGCAGUAUCUCUCUCAGUAUGAUUGUAUCACAUUUCUUAAUCUUCUGGAAUCUCUCAGAGCAACAGAGAAGGCAUUCGGUCAGAAUUCAGGUUGGCUCUUUCUUGACUCCAGCACCUCAAUGUUUGUAAAUGCUCGAGCAAGGGUUUAUCACGUUCCAGAUGCAAAAAUGAGUAAAAAAAGCAAACUGCCUGAAAAACUGGAGAUUAAAGAAGAACAAGAAACAAAAAAGGAACUGGUCCUAGAAAGCAACCCAAAGUGGGCAGCACUCACAGAAGUUUUGAAGGAAAUUGAGGCAGAGAAUAAGGAGAGUGAAGUCCUUGGUGGUCCAGGGCAAGUUCUCAUUUGCGCAAGUGAUGACAGGACGUGUUCCCAGCUGCGAGAGUACCUCACUGUCGGAGCAGAGGUCUUCUUGUUGAGGCUCUACAGAAAAACCUUUGAGAAGGACAGCAAAGCCGAAGAUGUAUGGAUGAGAUUAAGGAAGGAAGAUGACUCGAAGAGAAUCAUGAAAUCCAACAAGAGGCCCAAAGACCUCCGAGACAAAGACAGGCCCCCUGCCAAAGAGAAGGCCCUCAGAAAGAAGAAACCAAGGUUGACUUUAACUCAGAUGAUGGGAAGAACUGAAGAACUAGAGGGGGAGGCAGGUGUUGAGGAGGGCAGCCCAAGAGAGCUGACCAGUAGCCCGGAGAGCUGCACAGGAGACAGUAAGCACGAGGAGUCUGAUGUGAACCUGUCCUCCGAUGCCGCCUACGGGAUUCUGAAAGACCCCCUCACCAUUAUCCACCCGCUCCUGGGCUGCAGUGAUCCCUAUGCUCUGACACGCGUGCUCCAUGAGGUGGAGCCGAGAUACGUGGUCUUGUAUGAUGCAGAGCUGACCUUCGUGCGUCAGCUUGAAAUUUACAGGGCGUCUCGGCCCGGGAAGCCUCUCAGGGUUUACUUUCUUAUAUACGGAGGGUCAACGGAGGAACAGCGCUAUCUCACUGCUUUGCGGAAAGAAAAGGAAGCUUUUGAAAAGCUCAUAAGGGAAAAGGCUAGCAUGGUCAUCCCUGAAGAAAGAGAAGGCAGAGACGAAACGAAUCUCGACCUUGUGAGAGGCUGCAUGUCUGCCAGUGCUCCCACCAACACGCGAAAAGCCGGCGGCCAGGAGCAGAACGGUACCCAGCAGAGCAUCGUCGUGGACAUGCGGGAGUUUCGAAGUGAGCUGCCCUCUCUGAUCCACCGCCGGGGCAUCGACAUCGAGCCAGUGACCCUGGAGGUCGGAGACUACAUUCUGACUCCGGAAAUGUGCGUGGAGCGCAAGAGCAUCAGUGAUCUGAUUGGCUCCUUGAACAACGGCCGCCUUUACAGCCAGUGCAUCUCCAUGUCCCGCUACUACAAGCGGCCGGUGCUUCUCAUCGAGUUCGACCCCACCAAGCCGUUCUCCCUCAUGUCCCGCGGCGCCCUCCACCAGGAGAUCUCCGGCAACGACGUCAGCUCCAAGCUCACCCUCCUCACGCUGCACUUCCCGCGGCUGCGGAUCCUCUGGUGCCCCUCCCCGCACGCCACCGCCGAGCUGUUCGAGGAGCUGAAGCAGAACAAGCCGCAGCCGGACGCCAGCACCGCCAUGGCAGUGACCGCCGACUCCGAGACCCUCCCCGAGGCGGAGAAGUACAACCCCGGGCCCCAGGACUUCUUGUUAAAAAUGCCGGGGAUAAACGCCAAAAACUGCCGCUCCUUGAUGAACCACGUGAAGAACAUCGCUGAGUUAGCAAGCCUGCCCUUCGACCAGCUGGCGAGCCUGCUGGGGAACACGGGCAGUGCGCGGCAGCUCUAUGACUUCAUUCACACCUCCUAUGCAGAGGUCCUGUCCAGAGGGAGAGUGAGAAAGUGA